UAGACAUGAUUAAUAAAGAACUGGAAAAAAUUAAGUGCAUCGCGGAAGAAAGACAUCUCCUUCAACAGGCUGAGGAAGAGAAAAGGCAAUACGAAAAAAAGAAAAAGAAACAACCUAUUCUUCAUAUAAAAAUGGAGGAGGAAUGGAAACAAAAAGAGAUGUUACUUCUGCUGAAAAUUGGAGAGGAUGUGAAACGAGAAGCAAGAAUUGAGGAACUGCGAAGGAAAAGAAGAGAAGAGAAAGCUAAAAAGAAACGAACAGUGCUAGAGAAAAAAAUGGCAUACCACUUGAGAAAAUUGCAGGAGCAUGCUUAUCAAAGGGUAGAAUUUGAAAAUCAUGUAAAGUGCCUGAAUAAGCUGUUAUCUGAAGACCCAAAGAUUAAAAAUCAAGACAUUGGUGACCAAAAUUGGACAUCGUACUCCAGCUUGGGCCUAACCAGCGCCGAGUAG